AAAUAAAGCCGGGGAACGAGUCAUCGUGCUGCAGUUUUGUGGGUCACCAACCACCCCCCCCCCGCCCCCGCCGUGGGGUCCGGCACCAUGUUCGGCUCAUCCCGAGGGGGGGUCCGGGGGGGCCAGGACCAGUUCAGCUGGGAGGACGUCAAAACGGACAAACAACGUGAAAACUACCUGGGGAACUCCCUGAUGGCGCCGGUGGGCCGGUGGCAGAAGGGCAAGGACCUGACCUGGUACGCCAAGGGCAAGAAGGAGACGGCCCCGCCGCUGUCCCGCGAGGAAGAGCUGGCCGCCGUCCGCCUGGCCGAGCAGGAGGCCAUGAUGGCAGCCCUGGGCUACAAGAAUGUGAAGAGGCAGCCCACCGGCCUCAGCAAGGAGGACCUGGCCGAGGUGUGCAAGCGGGACGGCGCCGAGCGGGACGAGAAGGACGUGGACCGGGUGGUGGGCUUGGGCAGCUCCAGCGGCAGCGCCGGCCGGGUGAUGCUCUCCAAGGAGGACAAGGAGGCGGCCAAGAUGGGGCUCUCCGUCUUCACGCACCAGAAAGUCUCCAGCAGCCCCGAGACGUCUGGCUCCAAGAAGAAGCAGGAGAAGGAGGAGAAGGUGGAGGAGAAACGACCGGAGGGCGGCAAGAAAUCCAAAAAGGAGAAAAAAAAGAAGAAAAAGAAGAAACAUAAGAAAGAAAAAAAGGACAAACAUCACAAGAGGGAUGCUGUCCCGUCGUCCUCCGAUUCUUCUCCGGACCAGGAUGAGAGGCACCACCGAAGGAAAACCCAGCAGCGCCCGCCCGAAACGUCGCGGCACGGCAACCGGCGUCGGCACCACACCGAUUCCUCUGCCAGCAGCUGGGAUUCAGGCAGGAGCCCCUCGCAUCGUCCCGCCCGUCGGCGGAGCCGGAGCAGGGACGGUCGCGGUCGGCACCCGUCCCCACGGCGCAAGGGGAGGAAGAGGAGCAGGAGCAGGUCCCCUCCGUCCCGCGGGAUCAGGCAACGCCACGACACCGAUUCAGAGGACUGAGAAGGGAGCCUGGGGUUUUUCCAGGGAGAUCUCACAUAGGCUAUAUCUAUUUUUUAAGGUUAUUAAAUUAAAAAAAGCCGCAGCUCUGCGGUUGCCGGG